CUGAAACAACAAAAUCAUGCAGUGGAUUCUUAAUAAUUUGAAAAUCAGGGUCCCCUGCGUUGGGUGUUGGUCGGUGAGAAAAGCAUAUAAAAGAGAGCGAGAAACACUCGUUUCUCGCUUGAUUCUUUUUCUGCUUCUCGCUGUUUUCACACACACAAUAACAAUGCCUCGUAAGACGUCAGGUCCCAAGCUGUUCAAAUGCGCCGGUUAUGGCGAUUGUGAUAUGGUCUUUACUCGCAGCGAACAUCUUGCUCGACAUUCUCGCAAACACACUGGAGAGAAACCAUUCAAGUGUAUUGUGCCCGGAUGCGAACGUAUGUUUAGCCGUUUCGACAAUAUGAUGCAGCAUACCCAUACACAUGAACGUUCACAACAUCAACAUCCACAAAGAAGACGGUCCUCCGUGGCUCAAAGUUAUACAUUACCACAACCAUCUUCUCAACCGCAACAACAAGAGAAAAUCCCUCCAUUCUCGAAAGUUGUUGCUGGAAUACCACCACCACCACCGUUUUCGCCACCUGUUCAUGAAGCCGAAGAACAAGAUUCGUCCUAUGCUUCCUCUUUGUCUCCUUUAUCGCCAACUGGUCUUUCAUCUGAAUACUACAAUGAUCCAACUGUCAUGACCGAACCAAAUUCGCAUCAAGCGGAUUGGCGUCCUACAAAACGCAGACUGUCAGCCAUUGAUCUGCAAACGCCGAUUGAACAUUGGACAACAAAGACAAUUGAGGUCAUGCAACAGGAUCAACAGAAUGCUGUAUUGGAAGUUGAUAAUGAUUACAAUCUUAUUGGAGUUGACAAUGACAACGCAGUGGUGGAUGUUACGCCGGAGGAAUAUGAAGCAAUUCAAGGCUUUGGUCGAUUCCACUCACAGUCUAUGGUUCGUCGUUCAGACAGUCCGGGUGCUCGGAUGCAAGUCAAUUUCUUUCGGCAGCAUAGUUUGCCUGUUCAAGAAUCGUUUCAGCGACCUGCUCGAUCUCAUGCCAUAUAAUAUACGUUACUUUCUCCUUCAUGACGCUUUUGCUCAGCAUAACAAAAAACCAAAAUGCUGUAAUUUGUACCAUAAUAGUUUAAAACCAACAAUCUUGUAAACAAAAAGCACAAACACACAAUGGAUCAUUUCUAUGACUGUGUCUCUCUAUGCAUAUACACCCAACCCCACCCCUUAAUGUCAUGUAUAUCAUCUAAGAAAUAAAAAGACCCUCCU